AUGGUCACUGGCGAGUAUCCCAUGGAUAUGCAGUCAGACCAAACAGAGACUCCGCGAGGCGCCUUCGGCACCGACUUCUUCAGCAAGAUCUUUCAGGGACAGCCCGCCCAGAAAAAGCCAGCACGCGCAGAUGGCCAGCCCGCGAAACGUCGAGGCCCGAAGCCCGACAGUAAGCCGGCUCUUACCCGACGACAGGAACUGAAUCGCCAGGCGCAAAGGACCCACCGUGAACGAAAGGAACAGUAUAUGCGAUCGUUAGAAACCGAGGUGUCGCGACUUCGGGAAGCCUACACCAACGAGAUCUCGGAUGCGAACAAUACGAUCCAGCAGCAAAAGGAAAUGAUCCAGUCUGUGGCCGACGAGAAUGAGCUUCUGAAAGAGAUCCUCAAAUCGCACGGAAUCAAAUUUGAAGCCGAACUGGCGCAGCGCCGCGCCGAACGUCCCCCGGCUGCCUUCCGAUCGAGCCCCAUCGACGGCAGCACUACUGGAUCGCAUUCUGCGAUGUUGACGAAUGGCACCUCCAUUCACCAUGCAACCCCGCCCACCACCAUCUCCGGCAUGAGCCCUCGGAUGCAUGCUGGCGUAGAGUGUUCGGAAGUUUCGCCCCCACUGUCCUUCGCGCCGCAACAUGUCUAUGGCCAUGGGGCAGGAGAGCAGUUGUCACAUUUGGAUCUGUCAGCAUCCCAUAUUGUCGACCAACCUGUACCAGCGAUGGUCAGGGGCGUCUUUGAGAACGAACCACAGCUUCAGAUCGACUUUAUCUUGAAAUUGGAGAGUCCAUGCCGGGAGCACACCGACUACCUUUGCCGAAGAUCUGUGACCGAAGCUGACGAUGAAGAUAUGCCUUUCUCUGGUCAUGCAUUGAUGGCAUCCUGUCCGCCGCCCAGCUACAUUUCCAACACUACCCCCGAUCAAACUUACCCCCACAAGACCUACGACCUGCCACACGCCAAUCUGCACACCCUUCUCAACCUGAGUCGACAGCUUGUAACAGAGGGCCAAAUCACACCCAUCAUGGCGCUGCAAUGCCUCAAGAACCACGAACUUUAUCCCACACUCAGUCGGGAUGAUAUCAAGAUCGUUGUCGACACUCUCAACACUAAGGUUCGAUGCUACGGCUUUGGGGCCGUCGUUGAGGAUUUUGAGCUCAUGGACUGCUUGAGCAGUGUCCUCGGAACAAAAGUUGAGCUCGGUGCACCGCGCAUGCGAGACGACUCGAUCUACUCGUAA